AUGCGCGACGCCCGCAGCCCUCUUUCCUCCAACAGGACCCCUUCAGCGACACAUUCCGCACCUGGGACGAGUCAGGAGCAUCUGGGACUAAUAGCGGAGAAAUGGAACCCGGACUCGAAAGAGAAGAAAAAAGGUUUCAUGUCGCACCUUUUCGGCCGGCGGAAGGAGAAGCCAAAAGAGGCGGAUAUGGGAUCGGAUUCGAGCACCGGAAACUAUGGAAAGCGGCCUGAUGAGUUUCCCAGCCGGAAUGAGUUGAUUGAUCCCUUUUUGGGCGGUGUCUUACCACCGAAGCCAGCAGGCAUGAGCUCGUUCACGAAACGGAAACAGGGCAAGACUCGGGAGGGAAGCUCGUCUGACAAGCAAGUUCAAUUGGACCUUGCCGGCUUCUCGAUGGACCCUGCAUAUGUGCCUCUAGAUCUGGUCUCUAUCAACAGCCCUCUGGAGAGCGCCAACACGAGAAACUUUCCCGGUGGCGAACUCGAGAGCCCUGGGAUGAUGAGACCUGGUGCAGCAGCGUCCUCCAUCUCGCCAAAUUCACGAAACAAUAUGAACCUUACGUCUCCAGCGUUAUCAACAUGGCAACCACCAGAGAGUUGGGGCACACGCGUGGAGGAUCGAUUACCGGGCAAAUUGGGGCCUACGGAUGGACCCAGAAUGGCAAACGUGGAUGCCAACUCCAUACGGUCAGCAGCAUCGUACGGACAACCCAAUCCAAUAUUAUACCGGCCACACGAGGCCAGGCAUGACGAUAUAGCCAUCGACACCCGUUACGAAGUAGAAUCCAUCAAAGAGAGCAUUGCUGGCGACAAAGUGGGCGCACUUCGUCUUUUCAGGCGCGACGGGACGUUUGCGACCGUGUCUUGCCGAGAAUCGACUACUGCUGGCGAGCUGCUGAUGAUUAUGGCGAAGAAAUCUUUGAUCAGCGAUUUUUCGAAAUUCAAUAUACAUAUUGCGCGGAAUGGCACGGAACGCGUGCUAGCGCGUCAUGAGCGGCCACACCUCAUUCAGCGCCGGUUAUUCGAGCAGCUGGGGUACACCCGCGUGGACAAGAUCGAGUUCCUAGGAAGGGAGGAUCACUCGUAUCUGUGUAGAUUUAUUUUCAAAGAAACGGCGUUCGGGAAUGAAAUCUCGGCCGACUUCUGGAAAUCAUCAGCAUUCAACCCAGCGACAUUAUCGCUCGCUAGAAUGAAUCUGUCUGCGGUGCCACUGACGAUAUUCCGGUUCGCACAUGAGAUUGUACAGAUGGACCUCUCAUGGAACCCGAACAUCCAUGAGAUCCCAAAUGAUCUAGCUCUCACGAUGGACUCUAUGCGGUCCAUCACGUUGGCGCGAAACGAAAUCUCAAAAGUUCCGAGGUCGCUUCAGUAUAUCACGAGACUAAGCGAGAUCGAUUUGUCUUAUAAUCGAAUCGACUCGUUGGACGACACGGGAUUGGGGAGUUUGACCGGCCUGACGAAGCUUCGUUUGGCCGGAAACCUGCUCGAAUUCGUUCCUGACGAUAUUGCGCGGGGCUGCAGACGGCUGCAGCUAAUCGAUUUGUCGAAUAACCGGCUCACUGCUUUCCCGCUGACGCUAUGUCAGUUAUGGGAGACGCUGCAGCAUCUCGACCUAAACUUCUGCCGGAUCGAGGGGUUUGUUCCAGAAGGCAUUGGGGAACUUCGCAAUCUGAUGGUGUUGCGCAUGGCGGGCAACCGGAUGCGAGGUGGACUUCCUGGGCGGAUGGCGGACAUGAAGGAGCUUCGGAUGCUGGAUCUCCGUGGCAACACUUUUGGCUGGGCCAAUAACGAGGAAAUGCCCGUCAUGGAGGUCUUGGCCACAUGUCCGAAGUUGGAGACGCUCUACCUGGAUGCAAAUCGGAUUAAGUGGAUUGGGCCAUGGAAGGCGCGGUCUCCUCACAGGGAUACUGUCCCCCCUCCGUCGGAUUUCGAUAUGUUUGACAACGACGACGAUAUCUCCUCUGCGCCCGGCGCCGCGCCGCUGGAGUUCACAUCCCUUAAAUACCUCUCGAUCGGAUUCCAACUGGACCUCUCACACGCCCGCCCGAUGAUGGCACACUUCUCAAACUACGCUGCUACACUCGCGGACCUGAAUUUGAGUUCAUGUGGGAUCGAGAUGCUGCCCAAGCGGUUCUUCCAGAGACUGCCGGCGGUUCUGAGACUCAAUCUGGGUGGGAAUCGAUUGCGGGACCUGCCUGAUUUCAUGGCGCCUCCGCCGAACAAUUUCCCGACCCGGUUGCCGUUGCAGGAGCUGCUGGUGAAUAACAACUUUUUGGAAGAUGUGCCGCCGGAUAUUGGGGAUUUGGAUCGGUUGGUGGUUCUUGACCUGAAGAGCAAUUACCUGCGGGAGCUGCCGUCGGAGAUAUGGCGAUGUCGAAGUCUGAAAGUCUUGAACUUGAGUUCGAAUCGGCUGGAGGUUUUCCCGAUGCCGUACCCGGAAGAUGGGACGGUACUAGUUUCCAUGAACACGCAGCAAACCAUGGGUCGAAGCGGCGGCUUCAGCUACGGCAAAGGAGCGUCAGGGACACUAAGCCGCGCUGACCACUUCUCCCAAUCUGCCCAAUCGCUCAACACCAUCUCGGACCAGAUGCCCAACCUGCCACCACUCAGCCACUCGUUGCAACAAUUGUAUCUUAGCGACAACUACCUAGGCGAUGACCUGUACAUGGCCCUGUAUCAUCUUCCCAACCUGCAAGCCCUCCAUGUGUCUUUCAACGAAGUCACCGAUAUCACGUCGUGGGUGGUCGCUAUUCCCGUUCCUGUGCCGAUGGUCCCCUGGUUCUACAAACUGCAAGAGCUGCAUCUGAGUGGGAAUCUCAUUACGACACUUCCGGCCGAGAUAGAGCGUAUCCGCAACCUCAAAUCAUUGUUUCUGAACGCCAACAAGCUGAGCACUGUGCCGGGAGAAGUCGGCAAGCUAAAAUCCCUAGAAGCGCUAGAUUUGGGAAGUCAGGUCGGUGCCAGGGGAGAAGGCACCGGGCUGCGAUACAACGUCUCCAAUUGGCCGUAUGACUGGAACUGGAACUGGAACCUCGAUCUCAAGUACUUGAACCUGUCUGGGAACAAGCGACUGGAGAUCAAGCCGUCUGCGAGUGCGUCGAGUUUCUUUUCCGGCGCGGAUCUUGCGCAGGCCGCCAACCAGACGUCGGCGGUUGCGGGACACAAGGUUGGCGCUAAAGGCGGAGGAGCCAUACAGGCCCCGGCGACGUCGGGUGCGUUGGUGGCCAACCCGUCUCAGAAGCGGAGGGACUUGACCGAUUUCAACGCAUUGACCAACCUGCGUCUUUUGGGGUUGAUGGAUGUGACCUGCUUGAUUAUGCCGCCGGAUGAAAGCGCGGAAAGGCGUAUCCGUACCACGGGCUCUGACAUGUCUCUGCUUGGGAUACGGGGAGGGGUCAUCCGGUACGGAGUUGCGGAUAUGCUCUCGCGACCUGGACAAACUGGGAAGAAGGACAGAGCUGGCAUCACGGAAGGUGCAUCCGAAGGUCAACAUCCAUUGUCUACGAAGCUGGAGCCCGACAAUUUCGCGGUUUGGGAUCUCGUGGUACCGAAAUUCAGAGGACGCGACAACGAAGCCCUUUUCGCCGUGUUUGAUGGGAAAGGAACUCGAGGGGGAGCCAAGAUGGCCAAAUAUCUCAAUGAGUGGUUUGGAUGGUUCCUGACUCAUGAAUUGGAAAAGGUUGAAAGAGUGGAACCGUUGUCGGAGAUAGGUUCAAGUCAGCACGUAACGUCUUCUGCAAGUACGAAGCCGCCAAACGUCAAAGGCCCCACUUCCGCCAGCGAGCGGUCGCCAGAGUCGCAUUUCUUAGACCCAGAGUCUAUCCGCACAGCUUUGAGACGGACGUUUAUUGCAGUCAACAGGGAAUUGGGGUCUAUGCACGACGAUCUGGACGAAGGCUUAGGUGGACCGCAAUUGCAACAUCGCAGUUCCAAUGAAGGUCGUCGACAAGACCAGCCCCGAAACGGGACUUCGAGAAGCAAUAAGCGGACCGACUCGUAUGGGAUUCGGCCGCUUUACGGUGCCUCGGCGCUGGUCGUUUUCCUAUAUGGGCAGCCUGGCGGCCGCUCGCGCGGAGCCAAGUGCAGUAUGUACAUCGCGAACGUCGGUGACAGCAUGGCUGUCAUUUCGAAAGCUGGCGGCGUUGCGGACAUUCUGGCGAAGCACCACGCGAUGGACUUUGUGGCAAUGAGCAAACUGGACCCCUGUGCACCCCUCGGCCGAACGCCCAACUUCGACGCGGGGCCGAAGUCGGCUGGUAGUGACAGCCUGUCAGGCCGGCUAUCGCUUGACGGAGAUCUCGAAGACCCGUCCCUGUUACAAGAUGACAGUAGAUAUCCCUGGCCCCGGAGUGAACUCGAACGAGUGCACAAUGCAAGCGGGUGGUUCUCGCCUUCGGGCCUGGUUCAGGAUCAAGUGGAACUUACACGUGCGUUCGGGUAUUUCCCGCUUUUGGGCCCAGUCAACGCGAACCCCUCCAUCCAAACUGUCGAGCUGGACGUCGAUCAGGAUCCGUCGGACGAUACGCGACGACAUGGCUCAGAUCUGCGGUUGCCUCGGUCUGCAAAACCGGGGGAAGACGAUAUACCCGAGAGCCCUGCUACUACCGCCUCCGUUGGAGGCGACGAGUUCGUUGUUCUUGCGAGCGGAGCCGUUUGGGAGGCCGCUCGUUGCGGAGGUUCAGACGAAGACGGCGCCCAGAUGAUGGUGGACAUUGCGCGGAGUGCCCUAGCUCCAUCAGCAGCUGGAACUGGGAUGGGAGGUAACGCCCCGAACACAGGGGCCGGUGCCGGACUGGGUAUCAGUGGCGGCCCCGGCAUGACGAAGAGCAGCAGCAACCUCGCUGCGGUUCAGCAACAAAGUACCAAAUCAAGUGGCGGCUGGGGAAUAGCGGCCAUGAAAGUUCGCGACGUGGCGCUCAGUUUAUCAGGUGGGAAGGCCGGCGGUGGAUACCUCGUCAUGGUCCUCGGGUUGAGAGAUCUUGCAAAGAAGAGCACCUGGUGGAACGCGUCUGGUGCUCGCCGUGGAAGUGCCGAAAGUUCCAUCGAAAGUCUUGCCGUUGAGGACCGACAUCGCAAGAUUACUGGGAGCCAAGACUAUGGCUCUACCGUGAGCUUGAAGGAAAAGCGGAGAAAGGGAACCGAAGAUCCCCUGGAAAUGCUCACAAAAGAGAUCGCGCCGCCCGUCGGUCGGUUGGCUUUGGUGUUCACGGAUAUCAAGAACUCCACUUCUAUUUGGGAAAACAAUCCGGUAGCUAUGCGGGCCGCUUUGAAGCUUCAUCAUCAAGUCAUGCGACGCCUCCUUCGCCAGACGGGCGGUUACGAGGUGAAGACCGAAGGUGAUGCUUUCAUGGUCAGCUUCCAGAACGUCAUCCAAGCGGUCGAAUGGUGUUUGACAGUACAAGGCGAACUGCUGAGCAUCGAUUGGCCGGCAGAGAUCUUGUCGACCGCGGACGGUAUGGAUAUCUGGUGGCAGAAGAAGGGAGGGAGCGAGUUCGUGACCGGUGCCGGACUUGAGCACAACGAAGGCGAGACUGGAUCAGACGUCGAGGUGGACAUGACGGACGAUGACACGACCAAGCCAAUCAAUCGUGGGGUGGUGCAUACGUCACGUAAACGCCGGGAACUCAUUUUCCGGGGAUUGUCGGUUCGCAUGGGUAUCCAUUUCGGCAAUCCGCUAUGCGAGGUUGAUCCGAUCACCUCGCGAAUGGACUAUUAUGGGCCAAUGGUCAACCGCGCUGCUCGUGUAGAAGGAGCAUCUCAGGGGGGUCAAAUACUCAUAUCCUCCGAUGCCAUGAAGGAGCUGAAGAAGUCUCUCGGUUGGUGGUACAAGGACACGGUGGAAGGAGCACUGACGGAUGCCAUCAAAAGCGGCGAGGACUUGACCGACAAUAUCACUGUGAAAGGGGACACUGCUACCAGCACUGGGGGCCAACAUGCUCAUGGUCAUCCUAUGAUUGCUGGGCCCAAUGAUGACGCGGCUCGCUUGAAGAGACUCGGAGUCGUGACUUGGUGUAUCGGGGAGAUCAAACUGAAAGGUCUCGAGACGCCGGAGGUCAUUUAUGCGAUAUACCGAAGGGAUCUAUUCACGCGACAUAGAUUCUAUUCCCUGGAACAAAGUGGUGGUCUCAACCUCAUGACUCAGGCGCAACGCAAAUCCGACGAUGCGAUCGGAGGCUCGCUAUUAGAGAUCGACCGAGCGACAGUGCAGAGCCUUGGUGCACUUUGCUUGCGACUGGAGUACCUCGCAUCACAAUGCGGAGAUGGCUGGCAGGACUCCAGCUCGUCGUUGGAUGCCGCACCUGAAAGCUUAGAUGGGGAAUGGGCUGUGGAAGGUAUCGAUGAAGGGGACAGACCGGCUCUCAUCAAAGCACUGGAACACAUCGUGACACGGAUAGAGAACGCUAUCUCGAUCGUUCAUCUAACGGAUUCAGCGUUUUCCCGCGCUAUCCAAUCCCUCGGGGCGGCAAUCGACACCGACCCCAGCCACGUCCUCCGUGCAAUCCAGCUCUACGCAGACAAGCUGGAGGAACGCAAACAACGCAAAGCCGAGAAAGAAGCUGCCAAAGAGCUGAGACGAGAGCAACGGAGGCAAAGCAAGCAACGGCAGGCCGAGGAGGAACAACAACUCCACUCCGAAGCAAACAACAACGGCGGCGGAGGGAGGGAGACAAAGACACGGUCGCGGUCCGUUAGCAACACGGAGUCCCUUGCGUCCGCUUACGGGCGCCGGCGGAGAAGCAGUGCGUCGACGGCCCUCCAUAGCACGGAUGGGAAUAGCACGUCAGUGACACGAGAGCAGCGGCGGCGGAAAACAACCCGAGAAGAACUCGAAUCGUCGAGCCGCCGGGAACGGCGGUUGGAUGAGUGA